CAAACAAACCAAAAAACAAAGUCAACGGCCGCGGCCAGCGAAACAGCAAUUUGGGCGGCUCGCAUGUAACGACAUCGAUUCAAGGGAGCGGCGGAAGUUGACACCCCACCUCAGUGGCCAGGUCCGAUCCGGCGAAGAGCGGCGGCGCGAUUCCCGCCGGCGGCGGGCGGGACGGAUUCAUGGAGGUGGUGAUGGGGGUAAUGUCGAGGCUCAUCCUCAAGAUUGGGGAUCUGCUCGUCGGCGAGUACAAGCUGCAGAAGGGGGUGAAGGGGGAGAUCAUGUUCCUCCAACCUGAGCUCGAGAGCAUGCAGGGCGCCCUGAAGGAGAUAACCAAGGUUCCGUCAGACCAGAUUGACAGCCAGGACAAGGCCUGGGCCAGCGAUGUGCGAGAGCUCUGCUACGACAUAGAGGACAGCAUCGACACAUUCAUGGUGCGCUGCACGGGCAUUGAGCCUGCAGGGCCGGAUGGCAUGAGGGGGUUCAUUAGCAGGAGCCUUGAUUUGCUGACAAGGCUCCGGAUGCGCCGCAAGGUUGCUACUGACAUCAGGGACAUCAAGAGGCGUGUCAUUGAGGCGGGCGAGCGGCGUGAGAGGUACAAGAUCGAUGUCGAUAAGCCUGCUGCUGUUGAUCCUCGUUUGUUGGCUCAUUACAAGAAGGCAACAGAGCUCGUUGGCAUUGAUGAGGCAAGGGAUGAGGUGAUUAACAUUCUGGUGGAAGGGGAUGGUGUGUCCAGCCAGCAUGGCAAGGUAGUUUCCAUAGUUGGAUUUGGGGGGCUGGGAAAGACGACUCUUGCUAAUGUGGUGUAUGAAAAGAUCAAGGAAAAAUUCGAUUGCUGGGCUUUUGUUAUUGUGUCUCAAAAUCCUGACAUGAGGAAAUUCUUCAAGGGGUUGCUCUAUGAACUUGGAAAGAACGUCAAUGAUGAAACAUUGGAUGAGAGGCAGCUCAUCGAUCAAACCAGAAAACUCCUUCAGACAAAGAGGUACUGCAUUGUUAUUGAUGACAUAUGGAGUGUGUCGAUUUGGGAUAUGAUUAGAUGUGCUUUGCCCGAUGAUGUUGGUGGAUACAUAAUUAUCACAACUACCCGUAUUUUAAAGGUAGCCGAACAAGUUGGUGGUGCCUACAUGAUGAAACCCCUUUGUCUUGAGAGCUCCAGAAAAUUAUUAUACAGAAGAAUAUUUGGCAAUGAAGAGAAAUACAAAUGUCUUGAUGAGCACUUAACAGAAGUAUCUGAUAGAAUUUUAAAGAAAUGUGCAGGUGUACCAUUAGCCAUCAUUACCAUAGCUAGUUUGUUGGCUAAUAGAGCUAGAGAUAAAAUGGACUGGUAUGAGGUGUGCAACUCUAUUGGUACUGGAUUGGAGUAUAGUCUAGAUGUAGAGAAUAUGAGGAAGAUUUUGGCAUAUAGCUAUUAUGAUUUGCCACCUCAUCUACGGACUUGCUUACUAUAUUUAAGUGUAUUUCCUGAGGAUUCUGCGAUUGAAAAAUUUCGGCUGAUAUGGAUGUGGAUAGCUGAAGGUUUUGUACAACAUGAAGAAAAAGGGAAAGGCCUAUAUGAACUUGGAGAAUAUUAUUUUAAUGAGCUCAUAAACAAAAGUUUGAUCCAACCAGUGUAUGACAGUUAUGAAGCCAUAAUAGUAUCCUGCCGUGUACAUGAUAUGGUCCUUGACCUUGUACAUUCCAUUUCAAGUGAAGAAAAUUUUGUUACCAUGUUAAUCAAUGAGCACAACGCAUCUCAGGAAAAAAAGGUUCGUAGAUUAUUGCUUCAGAGCAACACAGAUCAAGCUAUUCCUUGUGCUCAUAUGAACAUGCUACAAGUGAGGUCAGUUGUUGCCUUUUCACUAGCUUUUAAUCUAAUGCCAGCCCUUGGGACAUUCAAAGUUCUGCGUGUACUGGAUUUAAAAAGCUGUCAUCUUUCACAAGAUUGUGAUCUUAAGCAUCUUGGAAAUCUAUUUCACUUAAGGUACUUGGGAAUAGGAAGGACAUAUAGUGAUCAGCUCCCUGAUGAUGUAGGAAACCUACGAUAUCUACAAACAUUGGACGUAGUGGGAAGUAGUUUUUUAAGUUUGCCAUCAACAGUUGUUCAGCUAAGACAUUUGAUGUGUCUAUGCAUCGACCAGAAUACAAGAGUGCCAAACGGGAUUGGGAGCCUAACAUCCCUUGAAGACCUCUCAACCCUGUACAUUUGUGAUGACUCCAUGAAUAUUUUAGAAGAGCUAUGCCAUCUGACCAAACUCAGGGUGCUAGAAAUUUUCUUAGUCCCUGCAGGGAAUGUCACCUUGGGGAAAUCUCUGGUGAUGUCCCUAUGCAAGUUGCAAAAAGUCCAGAGUCUGACUAUCUGGACCACUGGUGGUGAAUGCAACUUCGAUGCAUGGGUUGCCCCUCGACAUCUCCGUAGAUUGCAACUACAAUACUGCUGGUUCUCAAGGCUUCCAGAUUGGGUGAAUUCAUCACUUCAGGACCUCUCCUCCCUAUGGAUCUCUGUGAGGGAGCUACAUCAGGAUGAUCUUGAAAUUCUUGGAAGGUUGCCAGCCCUCCGUUAUUUGUAUCUGAUGGUGGACCAUGAGAAUCUCAAAAUCCCUCGGAGAUUCGUCAUUGGUACUAGUUCAUUCCCAUGCCUUGUAGGAUGCAGGUUGUUGGGAUUUUUAGGUGCAGUGGUGUUUCAACAAGGAGCUAUGAUGAGGCUUGAAAUCCUUGCAUUCACAUUCCAUGCAGGGGAGGUGAGAGAAAUUACGAGCAGCGAUGGUAGAUUGAACUUGGGCUUGGAGAACCUUCUGUCACUCCAGGAGGUCCUGGUUUACUUCCGAUCAAGAGGUGCCAGUGUGAUGGAAGUGGAGGAGGCCAAGGCUGCACUAAGCCAUGCGAUUGAGAUUCAUCCCAGUCAUCCCAAGCAUGACAUAUGGGGAUGAAGGUUAGCUAGCCGGCUAGCUGUGGUUGUUAUUUUUUUUCUUUCCUCCAUUUUGUCCGCUGAUCUAAUCUUAAUUUUCCUCUGUUUUUUUCUCACAUUCAUAUUGAUGUUGGUCCGCGCAACAGAUAUUCAUCCUACAGAUAGAUGAAUCAUACAUGCCCGCAUACUUAACACAUGUAUUUUGCCCAAAAAAAUCUAUCUGAUUCUGCAUACCAGUACAUUUUGUCAGUAGUGGCGAUCUUGUUUUAUUUACUCAUUUGACCGAGGACAUGAUGCUGAUGCAUGUCCUCUUUUGCUUUUCCAUCCACCCUAGGUAGGCAAAUGUGUUUUUUAGUCAUGUCUCUAUUUUUAAAGGGUAAUUGUUUUGGGUGAACCUAUUGCAACUUGUACCAUUUCGCCCAUGGUUGCAAUGCUCAAGAAUUGGGAGCAACUAUGUCCAUUUCGCCAUCUGCACCUGUACAAGUUGUCGAUCACCUGCUGGAAGCGGCGGCAUCAAGACCAGAGAGGCUCUCUCUGACUGGGAGCGGAUGGAAAGCCUGGAGGUUCAUCUCAGUGAGAAACUGAGGAUGUGGCCGGUGCUGGAUGGCUGCACUUGAACUGACCUGACCUGAGAAAUCAAGUAAUGCUAGCUAUGGCCGAUGUGCUGUCUAUCUAGAAUUAGCCGGAAUGUAAUGUGUGUGAUGUCAGCCUAUUAAUGCUAAUUGAGUUAAGAACUCAGGCUGGCCUGAGUGCCAAGCUUCUGUGAAGAGUGACAGGCACUUCCUUGUCGUAAACUGAACCAGAAUCCUUGUUUUCCUUUUUGCAAUGC